AUGCCGAAGGAACAGUACCCUGACUUAUAUGCGGGCCGCAAAUCGUCCUUCUGCGGCAUCGACUACAACUUCGCAACAGAAAAGACUUUCGAUCAUACUCCAGAAGAGCGUAGAGCCGUCUAUGAGUCUCUCUGGGCUCAUGGCGAUUUUCACUUCUGGCUUGCCACAUACGGAGACAUGCUAUUCUCGGAUGAAGCAAACACCGAAGCCUUUAAUUUCUGGUGA